CGGAUAGAGGCUGUCACGUGACCUUGAACAAAUUUUUUUUUUCAGCUGAAAUUAUUCUCGAGCUUUUGUUGAUUUUUUUUUUAAUGUUCUGACGAUUUUAUAGGGGUGGUGAUUGACGUAUUCGUAAAUUUUUUUAAUUUCUUGUUUGUUUUUUCUUGGUGAAUUUGUUAUCACACGAAUUAUCAUAAUCAUAAUAAAUAAUUCAUUUAAUCAUUCUUCUCUGUAGUUACGUAAUUUUAGCUUAGUUCAUUUUUCAAUUGUAGAUUCUCUUUUCAAAUCGAUUGCAAUAUAAGAUUCUUUCAUCAUCAUAAAAACUAAAUAAAAUGUCAAAACUAAUCUCGACUGCUUUUCAACAAUUGAAAAGUAAAGAAUUUCGCACAUAUUUGAUGAGCACGCAUUUCUGGGGACCUGUUGCCAAUUGGGGAAUUCCUAUAGCAGCGUUAGCUGAUAUCCAAAAAGAGCCAAGCAUUAUAAGUCCAACAAUGACUUGUGCAUUGAUCAUUUAUUCGGCUACAUUUAUGCGUUUUGCCAUUCGUGUACAACCACGCAAUAUGUUAUUGUUUGCCUGUCAUAUAACAAAUUUUACUGCACAAACAGUUCAAGGUGUUCGUUAUAUAAACUAUCGAAUGAAAUCUUAAAUUGAAAGUUUUUUCCGAUGAAUUCGUAUUAUUAUUGUUGAUCAUUACAUAAUUUAGUUUUAGUUGAUAAUUAAGGCAAUGCCAAAAAAUAGAAUUUAUUUAUUUGGAAUUGAAGCCAAAAAAAUAUGAUGAAAUUAUUAUUGUUGUUGUUGACUGUUUUUUAUUUUCAAAAUUUAAUUUGUCAUAAUGUAAUCUGAAUAUUCCAGAAUUAAAUUUCAAUAUAUUAACUCUUCUCUAUAAA